GGCCGGGCUGGCUGAAGAGGAGGAGUCCCCGAGACUGCUGGCUGACUUGAGACUUCAGUGCUUGGGCUGCAAUAGGACAUUCACACAGCGGCUGCCGCAGCAGCAGCAGCAGCAGCAGCAGCAGAAGCAGCAGCAGCAGCAUCCUCUCGCUUCGCUUCGCCUCGCCUCGCUUCCUCCUCUUCUAUUCCUCCAGUCCCUCUUCCUCUAACCUCCUCCCUCCCCGGGACCUGAGCUGUCCGUCAGUCCGCAGCUGUGGCAGUGGCGGCAGCGCCCAGGAUCUGCGUCCAGAUUUCAUUAAUCUGAUCCGAGGUCCCCUGUGAUUGCCAGCUGAAACAGAGAAAUCUCAGCAUCCUUCGAAGUUCAGCCCAAGUGCCAUCUCCUAUGUAAAUCUUUUCCUAAUUACUCCAGUCACUGGUUCCUCCUAUUUAAAGGUACACAAAGCUUGGAACCUUUACUUGAAACUGUUCUCUCCUGAUAGAAUAUGACAGAACCAGCAAGGUUCUACAGCCUGUUGUCAUUAACACAGGAAACAUUGAUUGGAAACUACUCAUUCAGAAAAUUAAAAGAAACCCAGCUCAUCUUAUUGGUCCUUUAAGAAGAGGCCAUAACAGCCUUGCUUCUUUGCUAUCAGCUUAACUUGGAGAGGUCACAAGGGAGAGAAGAAUGGCAGAUGACCGGAAAGACGAAGCUAAAGCACCUCACUGGACAUCAAGUCCCCUGGCAGAGGCAUCUUCCCACCCACAUUCACCUGAGCUUAAGGAACAAGCUGGAGCAGGGGAAGGAAUAGUCCGGAGCGCCAAUGGAUUUCCAUACAGAGAGGAAGAAGAAGGUGGCUAUGGAGAUCAUGGGCAACAGGGUACCUAUUCAAGAACCAAAGAGAAUGGGAUUAAUGGAGAGCUCACCUCAGCUGAAAGGGAAACAGCAGAGGAAGUAUCUGCAAGGAUAGUCCAAGUAGUAACUGCGGAAGCUGUUGCAGUCCUGAAAGGUGAACAAGAAAAAGAAGCCCAGCAUAAAGACCAACCUGCAGGACUCCCUAUAGCAGUUGAAGAGUCCGCUAAUCUGCCUCCCUCUCCACCUCCAUCACCAGCCUCUGAACAGACUGGAACAGUGGAGGAAGAAGAAGAAACAGUAGAGGGUCCAAUGGCUGAGGAAACGAAACCUGCUGCUCUUCCUGAAAGAGAAUGGGGCAAAGAGUGUGGGCCCACUAAGUCCUCAGAUCAACCAAAGGGCCUCACUGAGGUCCAAGUGGAUUCUAGUUCGAAAGCCAAAAUAGUUCCUGAAGAAAGUGUUUCUGCUGGGGAACCACUUGAGAAAAGUAUAAAAGUGGUCCAGGAAGUGUCUCUGCAUAUAAAAACACCUUUCUCUGCUGGGGAAGAUUUACUUACAGCCUUGAAGAUGGAGUUCCAUGAACAACAGGGCACUGGCCCUCUCACAGUUGAACCAUUAGACAAGAAGGAAAAGGAAUCUGAGAAAGGAAGUAAGCCUGCUGAACUGCCUAAACAUGAUACCUUAGUCGCCCAGCCAGCACAACCUGAGACUCUAGAUAAAACGGACAUACAUGGCAAAGAAGAUGCAAAGGCACCUCUUACCCCAUUUGAACAGUCUUUCGGGGAAGAGCUAGAGUACAUGCAGCAGAAAAGUGAACCAAUCUCUGCAGAAGUUGAUGUGGGUUUUCCUACAGAGACUGUACUUCAGAAAGAGCAAAAAGACUUGUCCAUUGAAGUACCAAAGGAUGAAUGGAGUACAUAUAGUCAAUUAUCUCCCGGCCCUCUCACACCCAUGAAAGAAAACUAUGAAGUUCAAGAAAUCCCCACAUGGGAUGGGAAAAAAUUAGACUCUCCAAAGCCAACUUCCUUUGGAACUGUGAGCUUUCCUUUACCUUCAGAUGCCACUAAAGACAAACUUGUUUCUGAAGCACUUCCCGUGGCACCAGAGACACCGAAGCCAGAAGAUAAAAAGCCCAAGGAAGAGUCCAGUGGCCCACAGGUUGCCAAAGAGAUUCCAAAGGAUGAACAAACCAUUAUGGAAAAAACCCCAAAAGCAGAGGAAACGACAAUUUCAAUGGAAAUUACACCAUCCAUGGAAGCUGACAAACCAACUGUAGAAGAAAGUCCUAUUAAGAAAAUUUCCAAUGUUGGGGAAGAAAAAGAUGUAAUCAAGCAAGAAAGUGAGCAGAAAAAAGAACCGUGUACAUUCAAUGGACAGAAAUCUACUUUGGUUGACAGUGAACUGCAUCCAAAACCAGAUGAGAAAGAUGUUAUUCUUGAAAAGAAAACUAUGCCAAAAGAAGGUGAACCCCAGAAGACACCAGAUGAGGAGAUGGGCAUCAUUAGUGUCUCGACAGAGAAAACAUUCCAAAAAGAAGAAAAGGAAGACCAAAAAACUCCCAUUGAUGAUUUAAGACAUGACGCAUUCCCUGAAGGCCUAGAACAGGUGCUCUCAGGUGCAGCCACAACUUCAAAACUGCUGGACAAAGCUCCUGAAGAAUUAGAUCUCCUCAGUGAAAAGAGUGCAACCAAGGAACUGUUUCAAGAGGAGGCUGAUGACAAAGAUACUGAGGCCCACAAGGCAGGGGUUGCAACCUCUCUUGAUUACGACCGGCAGCUCGAUGAAGACAAAUCUGGAAUGUCAAAGUACUUUGAAACCUCCACGUUGAAAGAAGAAACCACAAAGAGCAUCCAGUCUGGCAGUGAUUACUAUGAACUGAGCGAUACAAAAGAAAGCGCCUAUGAAUCCUAUGAUGCAGUUUCACCUAUACCUAAAAGUUCUGAAAAGGCGUUUUAUCCAGGAAAGGAGCAGCAACCCACUCCCAUUCUAGAGGGGGGAUACAGUACCCUCGCACAGAGCUAUCCAGCUGACCUGCCUGAAGAACCUAGCUCUCCCCAAGAAAGGAUGUUCACCAUUGAUCCAAAAGUUUACGGAGAAAAAAGAGACCUCCACAGUAAAAACAAAGAUGAUUUGACACUGAGCCGGAGUUUAGGACUUGGUGGUAGAUCUGCCAUAGAACAAAGAAGCAUGUCAAUCAAUUUACCCAUGUCCUGCCUGGAUUCCAUAGCACUUGGCUUUAACUUUGGCCGUGGACAUGAUCUCUCUCCACUGGCUUCUGAUAUUCUAACUAAUACUAGUGGAAGCAUGGACGAAGGGGACGAUUACCUUCCAGCCACAACUCCCGCCAUAGAGAAGGCUCCUUGUUUUCCAAUAGAAAGCAAAGAGGAAGAAGAACAAUUGGAGGAGGAGAAAGUGACCAGAGCAGAAAAUAUCCAGGUAGAAUCACUGUGUGAGUCACCUUUCUUGGCCAAAGAUUAUUAUAAAAAUGGCUCUGUGAUGGCCCCUGACUUGCCUGAAAUGUUGGAUCUAGCAGGCACAAGGUCCAGGCUAGCUUCUGUGAGUGCAGAUGAGGUGGCAAGAAGGAAAUCAGUACCAUCAGAGACUCUGCUUGAAGAGAGCAGCACCGGCUUGAGUCCUCUAACUGAUGAAAACCAUGUUGCCGCAAAAGGAGACAGUCAACUUGAGGAUCUAGGUUACUGUGUUUUCAAUAAAUAUACAGUUCCUCUACCAUCACCUGUCCAGGACAGUGAGAAUUUAUCAGGUGAAAGUGGCUCCUUCUAUGAUGGUUCUGAUGACAAGAUCCGAAGAGAUUUGGCCACAGAUCUCUCAUUGAUUGAAGUGAAAUUGGCAGCAGCUGGAAGAGUCAAAGAAGAGUUUAGUAGUGAGGGAGAGGUAGCCCAGCCCAUCUCUGGUGAUAAGUCAGGUCUUGGUAAGGAGUUUGAUCAUGAAAAGAAGAGUAAUGAUAAAUUGGAUACAGUGCUAGAAAAGAGUGAAGAACACAUUGAAUCCAAAGAAAUGCUGCUUCUGGAAGAAAAAGAACAUCCGAAAAAAGUAGCAGAGGGAGUGGAUAAAGUUGAAGCAUUUGGAACAGGAAUGACCUUUGAACAAGUAUUUGGAAAAGAGCCCAUCAAACCAAAAGAUGCUUCUAUUUUCAUAAGUGAAAAGGCAGAAAAGAGUCUCAGUUCAGUGCCAGAGGUGGCUGAAGCAGAACCAUCCCCAAAAGUAGACCAUGGAUUGGAUGCUGCUGCCAAGAAAGUUGAGCAGAGUCAACCUGAUGCUAAGAUCAGUGACUUCGGGCAGGCUGCUUCAGGACUGGGGGGAGAUACUGAGAAAGAAACAGAACCUCAUACCCAGGCUGCUCAACAGGGCAAGACCCACAUAGCCAAACCCCCUGAGGCAGACACACUUCCCAGUACUGAGCCCAGCCACCUGAAAGAGAGCAGCAAGGUUUCUGAGACAGAAGUCAAAGAAAAAGUGGCCAAGCCUGACCUGGUGCACCAGGAAGCAGUAGAUAAAGAGGAAUCCUAUGAGUCAAGCGGGGAACCUGAUCACACUCCUGACAGUCUGACCAUGGAGUCCUUGAAACCUGACGAGGGCAAGAAAGAAGUGACCCCAGAAGUAACUGUACUACAGGAAGACAUCACAAUCAAAUUGCCAGCAGAAGAGCCACCAGCAAAAACUGAUUUAAAGAGUUAUGAAGUACAGACUGAGGGGACCGAUGCUCAGAUGGAGCAAGUUCAGGAGCCAAAAGAAGAAGUUAAGGAGACUCCAGACAUCUCCAUCACUCCCUCAGAAGUCAUCGAACCAUUGCUGCAUAGGACUGUAUCUGCACCAGAGGAAGCUCAGAGGGAAGAAGAGGAAGAAAUAGAAGCCCGGGGAGAAUACAAUAAACUGCUUUUCCGCUCAGAAACCCUCCAGGUAACAGACUUGAGCGUUCCAGCUGUCAAAGAGGAAUUGGUGGAGUUGAGUGCAGCCGAGAUGCCUGAGUACAAGGGAGUGAUAGAGUCAGUGGUGACCAUUGAGGAUGACUUCAUCACUGUAGUACAAACCACCACAGAUGAAGGCGAAACUGGUUCCCACAGUGUGCGUUUUGCUGCCCUAGAACAGCCAGAGUUGGAAAGGAGGUCCUCUCCCCCUGAAGAAGAAGAAUCACAAAUAGAAGAAUCUGCAGAAGCACUUGGAGAACCCAAAGAAGGCUCCCCUGAGGCCCCUGCUUCGCCAGAAAAGGAAGAAGUUGGCUUUUCUGAAUACAAGACAGAAACAUAUGAUGAUUACAAAGAUGAGACAACUAUUGAUGACUCCAUCAUGGAUGCUGACAGCCUCUGGGUGGAUACUCAAGAUGAUGAUAGAAGCAUCAUGACAGAGCAGUUAGAGACUGUUCCUAAAGAAGAGAAAGCAGAGAAGGAAGUUCGGAGACCAUCUCUCGAUAAACAUAGAAAAGAAAAACCCUUUAAAACUGGGAGAGGCAGAAUUUCCACUCCUGAAAGAAAAAUAGCUAAAAAGGAACCUAGCACAGUCUCCAGAGAUGAAGUGAGAAGGAAAAAAGCAGUUUAUAAGAAGGCUGAACUUGGUAAAAAAACAGAAGUUCAGGCCCACUCUCCCUCCAGGAAAAUCAUUUUAAAACCUGCUAUCAAAUAUACUAGACCAACUCAUCUCUCCUGUGUUAAGCGGAAAACGACAGCAGCAGGUGGAGAAAGUAACCAGGCUUCUGGCAUAUAUAAACAAGCAAAGGACAAACACUCAGAUGGUGUAAGCAAGAGCCCUGAAAAGCGCUCUUCUCUGCCCAGGCCUUCCUCUAUCCUUCCUACUCGAAGAGGUGUAUCAGGAGACAGAGACGAGAAUUCCUUCUCCCUCAACACUUCUAUGUCUGCUUCAGUACGACGAACUACUAGGUCAGAGCCAAUUCGCAGAACAGGAAAAAGUGGUACAUCAACUCCCACUACUCCAGGCUCCACUGCCAUCACUCCUGGUACACCGCCCAGCUAUUCCUCCCGUACCCCAGGUACUCCUGGUACCCCUAGUUACCCUAGAACCCCACACACACCGGGAACUCCCAAAUCUGGCAUCCUGGUGCCCACUGAGAAAAAAGUUGCCAUUAUACGCACUCCUCCAAAGUCUCCAGCCACCCCUAAACAACUACGGCUUAUUAACCAACCACUGCCUGACCUGAAGAACGUAAGGUCCAAAAUUGGAUCCACAGACAACAUCAGAUAUCAACCUAAAGGUGGACAGGUUAGGAUUUUAAACAAGAAGAUGGAUUUUAGCGAGGUUCAGUCCAGAUGUGGUUCCAAGGAUAACAUCAAACAUUCUGCAGGGGGAGGAAAUAUACAAAUUGUUACCAAGAAGAUUGACUUAAGCCACGUGACAUCCAAAUGCGGUUCCCUAAAGAACAUCCGUCAUCGGCCAGGUGGUGGCCGUGUGAAAAUUGAAAGUGUGAAGCUGGAUUUCAAAGAGAAGGCACAAGCCAAAGUGGGGUCACUUGACAAUGCCCACCACAUACCUGGAGGUGGUAACGUCAAGAUUGACAGCCAAAAACUGAACUUCAGAGAACAUGCUAAGGCUCGGGUAGACCAUGGUGCUGAGAUCAUCACACAAUCUCCAGGCAGAUCCAGCGUGGCUUCCCCCAGGCGACUCAGCAAUGUCUCCUCAUCUGGAAGCAUCAACCUGCUUGAGUCCCCCCAGCUUGCCACUUUGGCUGAAGAUGUCACUGCUGCCCUUGCUAAGCAGGGCUUAUGAAUCUGUCUCAUUUAACACUGAAUGAAGUAAUGCUAUUUAGUCAUGAGCUCUUGGCAGGAGCGGGCUCAGAGCAGGUGUUAUAUUCCAUCCCUACAAAUUCUAAAAUAAAUCUUAUCCCAAGAUUAUGGUAACCAUUACAAUAAAAAUAAUCCCCCAAAUUUAAGUAUGUUCAGAAAUUGACCUGAUUUUCAUUUACAGCAGGAAGACUCAUUGGCUUUACAUGAGUACAACUGCAAUAUAUUCCAUUGGAUGAUUCUUGUUGCUCUGCUCUGUCUUGCAUGGAGUACUAUGAUAAAAAUGCAUUUUUACCUUUCAUGUGCCUGAAGGCCAUCCACUAUUUUCUGAAGAGCCUUGUUAAUAUCCAAGCUGCUCAUUUCACUGGUCUGUUUAUGGACAACAAAGAUUGUCCUUUUGUAACUUAUUACAGGUUAAAUUAAACUGAAAGAGUCUGAUUACAAGAUGCGAAAAACAUAUUAAAAAAAACAAGUUUAAAAAAAGUGUUAUUUUGUAUAAAUGGGAAGAAAGAUUCAAUUAAGUUAUUAACAUUUUGGACCUGGAUAAUUAAAUCAGUGUAUAGGUGAUUCUGAUAAAUUAUUUAACUAAUUAAAAAAGUAGUUGAAGAACAGUUGAACUGUAUUUUUGAGGAAGUGAUGACAAGAGCAGCUUUUAGACAUGGAGCACUUCCACAACUAUGGACUUUUGUCUGAUUAGGAUGUCAGUUAAUUGGCUAGAUUUGUGUCCACACUAUAAGUUUCACAUCCUUUCCAUCUGUUUGAUACAGUAUUAUAGAUAUACAUAUAUAUAUACAUAUAUAUAUUUCUCUGUGGCCAUUUGUGAUACUCCCUCAUAUACUUGAAUAUUAUACUUCUUUAUUAUUCACAGUAUCUGUGUCUCUUGCACCCUUUGGUGUUGAAAUUUUAGGUAUGUGAAAGUAGAUGUUAGCAGGGUUUUUUCCCUAUUAAAAAAAAACAUUUAAAAAGAGAAAAACUUUUAGCAUGAAGUUGCUUUCUGUAACAACUAAAAGCCGUGCCCCUGUUAUAGUGCCAGAUACAAGUCUCUUCUGUAAUGCUAGAAUUUUUAUUUUCCUUUCAUGUUUCUCUUCAUCAACGUAGAUGUUGCUGGGGAGGUCUGUAUCUAUGUAAAAGGAUCGAAAAAACUGUUGGUUUGAGAUUCUGGAAUUUUUUUUAAAUUAAGAAGUAAUUUGGAUUUCACUUCAAUAAUUAUGAGAUGAUGGCCUCUUUUAUUUAUUUACUUUUUUUUUCAUUUGCUAAAGUUGAAUCCAAGAGAGGGAAUUUGAGAAAAUGUCAUUCCUCUCCUCAGGAUGGCAUCUCCUUAUUAAAUUAGCUAGACUAUCAGAGGAGGCCGCCCAUUGAAAUAAAACAUUUGUGCACAUAUCAAAAAAGUAAAAAUGCUUUCAAUUAGAAGAAUAUUUUUUUAAGUGUGCAUAGAAACAAAAAAUGGAAAUGCAACAUCCGGUUUGAUGGAUUUACUUUUCAGCAUUCUGCUGCUAAAACACUGCAUCAACUAAAAAAAACACGUGAAACAACUAGUUCAAAUCACAGAUUGUUGAUUUUAAACUCCUUGACAAACAUUUUCCAUGAUCCAUUUCUGAGCCGCCCCUAAAUAGGGCCGGAGAAUGACAGGCUUUAUGGAAGCUCUUUGCUAUUUUAAGUGUUCUUAAGAUUCCUCAUCUUAGCAACUGAGCUAAAACAGUGUUGAAGCCAGAGAGUGGUUUGUUGUUUCUUUCGAGCUAAUUCAGUUUUAAAAAUUGACAGUGAUAGUAGAAAGGAGAGGAUGGGCAUGGACGUCAGCAACAUUUUAGUGGGUAUCAUCUAACAAAAAUACAAAGGGUGAAGAGACAGGGAGCUGUAGGGGUAGCAUAAUGACCCAUCUGACAUCAUCAUUAAUGUAAAUUCCCCAAGGGAAAAACCCUAGAAACACAGAAAAUCCCUCACUUCGUUAGUUUUCAGCAGAGUUUUUAUACACUCCCAAUCUUGUCUAAUGCAGUCUAUCCAUCAGUUGUUUGAUGCAAAUGUUGUGAAUUUAGAAACUGAGUGGACAAUGGGUUUCUAAUUUCUGCCUUGUAAUUGCUGAGUAGAGUUUACUUAAACUAACCCUGGCAUUUAUAUAGAAAUAUUUCCUGGUAUAGAGCGUCAAAGUCCUUCAUGUUGCACAAACAGGAAGACUAGUAGUGUGGAACACAUUGUGGACCCUGUACCACCAAUGAGUGAAAAAUAACUUGGCAGUAUUUUUCUUAAGUCUUUUCAUAGAGUUAGCUAGCAACUAAGGGACUGUGGACCAUCCAUUCAACAGAAAUUGAACACCAGCUGUUCAGAACAGCAUUUAACCUGUGACUCAAGUAUUUUUUUAGAUCUACUUUUAAAUUACAAAUACACACCAAAAACAAACAAAAAGAAUGAUUCAUGAUGGUGAAGUUUAGUUACCUGUGUAUACAAGCCUAGAGUUAGAUUAGUGGAAGGCAUUUAUCUGAGUCUUUAGUUUUUUCUUGUCCAGUCCUAGCAAGGUCUUUAGAAUAAGUUGCCUUGCCCAGAAGGAAUCAAGAUUCUUUUUAAAAUCAGCAAAAAGAAACAGAUUUUUGCCGACUCAAGGGAAACACACAGGUUAAGUUACAGGGCUCUUGAAGCCCCUUAAAAAAGCCAAGCCUUGUCUUCACUCUUAAGAACAGUACUCAACAUAAGCUUUGCAAACACAAUACUAACAAGGAAGACAAUGCAUCUGGCAGUCUAGGAGUCAGAGCUCUAAAAGCUUCUGAUUCUAGAUCUUCUAUAUCCAGCUUUACUCUGGCUUUGGCUGCUGAGAAUCAAUCUCACUGUAACUGCCUAAGUAAUCCAGAUUCAUGAAGAGUUAUCAGGCCAACGUUCACAAAAGAACCAACUCUCUCUGGAAUCACCUGCAACUGAGAAACAUUCAAAUUUACAAUGAUCCAGAUUCAUGAAGAGUUUAAAGGCCAUGUUCACUUGAACCAACUCUCUCUGGAUUCACCUGCUGUGUUAGCAGGAGGAUGGGCUCCAGUCCUAUCCACAAGCAAAAGCCCUGUGUAGUACUAGGUAAACAAGGAACUGAAAAAGGCUGGACAGAGAAAACUGAUGGAAGUUGGGAAAAUGCAAAGGCAAUUGGCCUACAAAACCUAUGGUAGACUACAUUUUUUUCUUACUCUGUACAACAGGAAAUGGUAUAUUAGCCACCCAAUAAUAUUACAUUAGUAUUAAUGUAGUGAUAUUCCUCAUAACUGAUUCCAACACAACUGAAAAUAUAAACAUUUUUUUUCUUUCAUACCAGAAGAAAGAAGAAAGGGAAUCAUUUAGCUUUUUAAGUGGCAGAAAAAAAGAUUUGCUGCUUGGAAGUAAAUUCAUAAUAUGUGGAGACAGAUUCCAUAUAGUCCUUCAAAAAUAUAGAUAUUUCAGCUUAAUUCCAUGUUUGUGUUUAAAAUUAUACAGAUAGGAUUCUAGCCUAGGUGAGUAAGCUGGAGCAAUUCCCUCUACAACAAAGCUGCCUAUUUUCAGACUCAGAAAAGGUUAAUUGUAACAAUUCACUUCAACUUUAGCAAAGAGGAAAAAAAAUACAAGCAAAAAAUGCACACCCAGUGUGCCCAGAUUCCAAAUGUUAAAACACACCUUACAAAUCUAUGGGGGGUUUUUUUUCUGAGAAUUCUAGAGCCUGUUACCAUAGAGAGGCAUUUCUUCAGUGGCUGGUGGUAGUUAGUUCAUGUUUUUCAAUCAGAUUUGCAAUUGUAUUUGUUGCUGAAUAGUGAUUGUUUUGCAAAAUAAAAUUGCUUGUCAUCUAA